GUCGCUGCGGCGGGAAAAAUCUGACCGGACCGUCUGGGCCACUGCCUCUUUCUGCCUUUGAGCGUCUUCCUGAGCUGGUCCGCGUGAUGGAGGAGGAGGCGGAGGCCGAGGAGCAACAGCGAUUCUCUUACCAGCAGAGGCUAAAAGCUGCUGUUCACUACACGGUGGGUUGUCUUUGUGAGGAAGUCACCUCGGACAAAGAGAUGCAGUUCAGCAAACAAACCAUUGCAGCAAUUUCAGAGUUAACUUUUCGACAGUGCGAAAAUUUUGCCAAAGACCUGGAAAUGUUUGCCAGACAUGCAAAAAGAAGCACAAUUAACACUGAGGACGUGAAGCUCUUAGCCAGGAGGAGUAAUUCACUGCUAAAAUACAUCACAGAGAAAAAUGAUGAGAUUGCUCAGUUUAACCUGGAACGGAAGGCAAAGAAGAAAAACAAGUCAGAGGAUGUUAACAAAAGCUCAAGGGAAACAGUAGAAGCUGAAGCAGUGGACAGUGAGGACUGAGCUCCCACCACUGAGGCAGCUCUCUGCAGAUAGAGCCUCUGGGAGUGUCUGUUGCCUCAAAGAGAAUUUUGAAGUGAUAAGUAGAGAUUUAAAAGAAAAAGAGGCUAGGCAGCUUUGUGUGCUGAAUUCUCCAAGCCAUUAACUGCAGAAGCUAGUUUAAAAGACACCCAGAAAGUCCAGCAAAUACUCCUGUGUAUUCCCCAAGCACAACAAGAAGGCAUGUGUAUGAAUGGUAUAUCUUGGGACUUACACACACUAUGGCUAAUAAAAUUGUGUGAGCAAGUAAGCAUGAUAGACUUUUUCAAACAGAAAUCAUAGUUAUUUUUCAUUCUUUUACGUAAUUUUCUUAGCCAAAAGGCAAUCUCUGAAAGAUGAAUAAAGCUGUACUUAUGUAGC